AACUAAGCUUAAAGAGCUGGCUUGAUUUUUGUGCCUAAAAAUGCUUGUAUUCAUAAUAUAUCCAAUAAUAUUUGCAGAAAUUGUUAUGAUUUUAAUGCUUUUAUUCAGAAGUCCUUUAAGAAAGUUUCUGAUAAAAGGGCUGAAGCAGUUGAAGUUUGGGAAAGGACAAGUGGUUGCUCAGACAUUAUUAGGAACCUUAUUUGUGCUUUUCAUCUCAAGCUUAUACGCACUCUUAGAUUUGCAUGGACGUUAUUCGGAUGCCCUUAAUCCAACUGAGCAAGUUCUUAUGGUUCAUCAACUCCUCGAAGCAACUCUUCUUGGAAUUUGCUUGUUUCUUGCUCUUAUUAUUGACAGACUACAUUAUUAUAUGAACGAGAUUAAGCGAUUGAGGGAGAAAUUAGAAGAUUACGAGCACCAAUACGCACGAAAAGCAGGCAUGCUGCAGAAUUAGUGCCACAUUUUACAAUAACUUCAUCAUGCUUAUUGCAAAGUUAUGAUAAAAUCUCUACAAGUUAUUGUAAAAUCUCUACUUUAAUUUCAAAAACCUUUAAUUUGAGGGAAAAAAAAAAUAUGAAAAUACUCAUUAAAAGUACAGACUUAUUAACUUGUGUGACAUGAGCUCACAGGAUUAAUAUGUAAAAGUUGUAUAUAUGCAAAAUUGGAAUUGCACCAAAAAUAUUAUUUCAAA